UCUAGCAAUCAAUCAUAUCAUUGUGUCAUAUUCUCACUCACUCACCCAACUUCUUUCUUUCAAACUCUCCUCUUGCUCAUAUUUAUUUCUCUGUCUUCUUCCUUUCAUUAAGCUAGGAGAAUCUAUCAUGGGUGUUUUGGAGUACAUAGCAAAUUUUUGUACAAUCACAACCAGCACAAACAAUAAGAAGAAAUCAAUGCAGACGGUUGAAAUAAAAGUGAAAAUGGAUUGUGAUGGAUGUGAAAGAAGGGUAAAGAAUUCCGUGAAGCAUAUGAAAGGUGUAAAAUCAGUGGAAGUGAUCAGAAAGCAGAGUAAAGUGAUAGUAAAUGGUUAUGUUGAUCCAAACAGAGUGUUGAACAAAAUAAAGAGUACCGGAAAAAGAGCAGAAUUUUGGCCAUAUGUACCUUAUAAUGUGGUAUAUUAUCCACAUGCACCACAGGCCUACGAUAAAAGGGCACCAGCUGGGAUGGUUAAAAAUGUGCCACAAGCAUUUCUUGCCCCAAAUGCUACUGAAGAAAAAUUUGCUCAGCUCUUCAGUGAUGACAAUCCAAGUGCCUGUUCCAUUAUGUGAGAAAAGUAAGAUCAGCAGAGUCAUGAUUUGAAGUUUAUGGGUUCUGAAGUGUACUGAACCCGUAACUGCCUUAGUUACUGGGUUUAUAAAUUAAUACAAUAAAUUUUCUAAUACAAAUAUAGAGUCUAAGCAAAAGAUACUGAAAUCAUCUGAACCUGUAAGCAAUACUCUACCUCCGCCCCAGACUGUUACACUCAUAGAGAGCAUCAAUGUUAGCUGCCAACUUCGUCGGGUGAAUCCCCAGAAGGAUGGCUGCUUUGAGCAAGAAUAAAAACAACAACAACUGUCACUUAGUAUUUUCAUU